CCUGGAGUCUGGCCUGGGGGCUUCCUCUUGGCCCCGGAUGUGGGAUGGGAGGGUCAGGGGGCCAAGAAACUUUGCCAAGACAGGAAGCUCCACAUUCAGAAGCUUUAAAGAGGGACAUGUGGCAGGGGCACGAAAUCAGUGUCUGAGAUCUGGCCUGCUGAGUCCAUCCAGAGGUGCCUGCGGAAUGAAGGCUCUUCCCCUCCUCCUCCUCCCUGUCCUGGGGCUGCUGGUGUGUGGCAGGUCUCUGUGUCCAGUGGAGGAAGCCAUCAAUGAGAAGAUCCAGGACGGCACCCGCUCAAUCCUUGAGACAAUAAGGACCAUCGGCCUGAGCUGCCGAACGGUCACCUCCAGGGGUGACUUGGCCACCUGCCCCUUAGGCUUCGCCGUCACCGCCUGCACUUGUGGCUCCGCCUGCGGCUCGUGGGACGUGCGCGCCGAGACCACCUGCCACUGCCAGUGCGCGGGCAUGGACUGGACGGGGGCUCGCUGCUGUCGCGUGCAGGCCCCCGCCUGAGGUCGCCCGAGCGCGGCUCGGGCUGGGGGGCGUG